AUGCGUGCUGAUCCAAGAUGUUUCCUAUCUACAGUAACUGGUAAUAGACAGCAACAUAAAGUGAGAGAGAGAUUCUCUGCUAAGGAUAAUAAUGAUGGUCAUCGAGCAUUCGAUGAAUUGGGUAAAUUCACAAUACCACCUGGGGCUGGAUUCCCACCUAAAGGGAAAUUCAUAUUGAAGGUAUAUGAAGUUACUACAACUCAACAACAACAAGAAGAAGGAAAAGGAAAAGGAAAAGGAGGAGACUGCCAAUCUGUGUUAGUAGGAAAACAGUUAUCUCAAUUACCUCUAGAUGAUCAUAGAGGUUUAAUAUUUGGUAGUGAAUUUGAGAAUAUUGCUGAAGAUAAUCUAAUAUUGGAUCGUGGUAUUGGAGUACAGAAUCAACAUGUUGCUAUAUGGUAUUCAACAAAUAGACAACGUAUGAUGAUACAACCUAUUAAUGGUACUACUACUAUACAUAGUAUAACUACUGCUGGUAAAGGUUUAAUAAAUAGUGAUAAAUAUCUAUUAUCAACCAAGACACCUAAUACAUUAAAAUUACAAAUAACACCAUUGGAUGGUAAGAAAGCUCUUACUGCUGAUAAAUGCUUAUUUACUAUAUCAACUCCAACAACAUCAUCAUCUACCAAGAAACGCCAACAACAAGAAGAAGCAGGCGGCCAACAGUCUAUGAAGCUCUACUUUGUAGAAGGUCCUCAUUAUGUAUAUUAUUACAUUUAUAUAAUAUUAAAGGAUGGACUGUACCCGAUGGAUCUCUUAUACCACCAGAAUCCUUAUAAAGACUAUGGUGGAUCUGAAGUGGAGAUGAGAUGUGAAGGAGGGGAAGUAGGAUUCCUAACAAGGAUGCUUAAGGAGUCAGAAGAUCAUCCUCAUUUAUGUAUUUGGUUUACCAGUCUUUGUGCUAGAAGGACUACAUUGAAGAAGAUGGAAAAGUUAAUGAAUAAAAACCCACGUAUAGUAGAAGUAAAGACAAUUGCCCUUUAUCAAGUCUGUAUCCAUAACAUUAUUCGCUCCAAGGAAUAUCGAAGCAAGAAUAAAAAAUAUUUCUAG